AUGCCGAUCUUCGAUCUGGGCCGUCUAGGUCGCUUCCAGAUAUCCUAUCUUCCGCCAUCAGACACACCGCAAGGAGAGCAGCAAGACAUACCAUCAGUCCCGCCACCUGAGUACACGGAGAUCGCUGAAAGCGAGAUCAAGUACCACGCUCCAUCGCAAGCACAACCACCAGAAUGCAAGACCGAACAAAUCCGUCGCUUUCUCAUCGAAAUCGUUGCAAUAACCUUCAACGCGGACUUCGACUCGCUAAACGCAGCCUUAUACAAGAUCCCCGUACCAGACAACACAAACACAAUACUUUGCGACUCUGAGCGCGCAGACCUGGUGGCUCAAUCCGAUCUUGUGCGCAAGGUGCAUAGACACUUCCUCCACAACACCAAGACUCAUAUAUCGCAACAAGACGAGAGAGCCAUCUGCUCCACCAUAACCCUCGCCGUCGCCCCCCUCCGCGUCGCACUCCCCCUAACCUCCUACCAAAGUACACUCCCGCACUUCACUCUAGACAUGAUAGGGUGGUACGGCGAAGAAACGCGACAUCCAUCUGGCACACGCUGGACGAGCACGCUCCCCGGACACUGGGAUACAAACUCUCUGGGGUAUUGCGAUCAAGAACAGGUUAUAUUGUGCAUGAGGUCGCUUUUCCAUAUUAUCAAGGACAUUGCUCCGAACGACAAGGUGCACGACGUGCUAAGGGAAGCAUGGGACACUUGUCGGCGACGCGGUGGGUGGCCGAUGGACACGCUGCUGGGCGACUCGAAGAUGUGUUGGCCCUUGAGGAAGGGGUACCAUCAUAUGGGGGAUGCGUUGAGGGAUAUGCCGCUAUUGGGGCCUUGGGUCGUCGUUGGGGAGUCGAACGAAGCACACUGGAUUAGCUCUGCUACUUCCAAGUACUCCAUAUCACCCUUCGUUCGCACCAUGGGAGUAGUCUCUACGAACGGCAUGUAA